UGGAUAUUCAUCGCUGCCUUAUUUCCGGUUCUUCCUGGAAUGUCCAGUGUUGAAUACUUUUGACAGCUGUUUUUCUUGUAAAUAUUCAAAACAAUGGGCAGUAGGGCAUCUAUCCAGCUUCAGGAAACUGAAUUAAAUGAAAUUCAGUCAGAAACUGGCUUUUCACACAAUCAGAUUGUACGUCUGUAUAGUCGAUUUACAAGUCUGGAUAAAGGAGCUAUAGGAUGCUUGAGCCGUGAAGAUUUUCUGAGGAUUCCCGAGUUAGCUAUAAAUCCACUCGGAGACCGAAUCGUUCAUGCAUUCUUCACAGAAAGUAACAAUGAGACGGUCAACUUCAGACAAUUCAUGAGAGUUUUAGCGAGAUUCAGGCCAACUAAGUCAAACCAGAACAAAAAUAAACUGAAUACCAGGGAGGAGAAACUGAAAUUUGCUUUCCGAAUGUAUGAUCUGGAUGGUGAUGACAAAAUUUCCAAGGAUGAGUUACUGUCUGUGUUACAUAUGAUGGUGGGAGCUAACAUUUCCGAGGAGCAGCUGGGGAGUAUCGCGGAGAGGACAAUCAGUGAGGCCGACAUUGACGGGGACAACCAGAUCUCUUUUGAAGAGUUUGUACAGGCAAUGGAGCGAGUGGACGUUGAACAAAAGAUGAGCAUCCGAUUCCUACACUAAGUGUACAUGUCUGUUUUGUGAAUGAUGUGAUAUUCUGGUCAUGCUAUCUUCAUGAAUACUAUAUUUGAUAACUACAAAA